AACGCAGGGACAGGACCUAACGCGUUCACCUAGCCCCGCCCCCCAGUUGUCACUGUCGAAUGAGAACAGUAUCGGGAACGACGCACUAGGAACCAGAAAGAGCAACAAAGAAAAUGAUGUGGCAUAACAUUGGGAAGCAGCUCGGCCUACCGACCCGCUCGCUGGUUGGCUGGUUGGUAAGCAGGUUCCUCAAAGUUGGGAACCGCGUUUUGGAGGAGAAGGCGGUGCGGCUGUGUGGGAUCCAGCCCGGGGACACGGUCCUGGAAGUGGGUCACGGUCCGGGUCUGGGUCUCCAGUCAGCAGCAGGUCUGCUCACACAGCCCUCGGGCUCCCUCAUCGGAGUGGACUACUCCAAGUAUAUGCACCAGAUGGCGAGUGAUCUGUUGAAGGACCUUUUGGCCAGCGGUAAAGUCACCCUGCACCAUUGUGAUGUAGCAGCCAUGCCCCUGGCAGACAGCAUCGUGGACAAAGUCUUCCACUGUAACUGCUACUACUUCUGGCCGGACCUCAGGAAGGGCAGCGCAGAACUCCAUCGUGUCAUGAAACCAGGUGGUCUGAUGGUGGCCACAUUAAACCUGCAACGGAUAGCUGCUUUGGCUUCAAGAGGGGCAAUGCCAGGAGAAAACUGGCGUCCGGAGGCCUACAUGGAAGCUCUGAAAGAUUCUGGCUUUGUUGACGUCAGAAUCGAAGAUGUACAACACAGCAAUAGGAAAUUUCAGGCUAUAUAUGCCACUUCCCAAAAAUGAGCUCACACAAGUUGCAGUGUGCAACAUUUAUUAUGUUUAAUAUAAAUAUAUUGAACAAUUUUUGAUUUUAUAUGAUAUAUUCUUAUAUGAAGUGAUUUAUAUAGGCAAAUAAUGAAUAAAUGCUAUACUAGUCUAUACCAGAAAAGUAUGCUAUGAAGAGUGAUUCUCAAUUGUUUUUACAUGUUUGUUGCCCUACGAAUUAACACAUUAACAUUAACUAUUUGUGUAUGUUCUUGCAGUGUAAACAAAUUAAAAUGAUACAAAUACUUGGA